GGGGAGGGGAUCCCCGAGCGAACUGGAGGCGGAAAACACGCGUGAGGCGGGAGGGUGAGGCCGGCCCCAGGCGGCCUCGGUGACUCCCCGUGGCUGUGGUCUCCGAUGCCCGGGGCAGGGCGGCAGCGGGAGAUGCUGUGCUUUAUGCCCGGGGUGGCUGUCGUGCCUGCGCUGCUUGUCGGUUGGUCCUCGGCCGCCUUCAUCAUCUCCUAUGUGAUCGCCGUGCUGGCUGGUCACGUCGAGCCGCUCGUCCCCUACAUCAGUGAUACUGGAACUAAACCUCCGGAGAGUGGUAUCUUUGGAUUUAUGAUUAAUAUUUCAGCACUUUUAGGUGCAAUUACAAUGUAUAUCAGAUACUUAAUAAUAGAGAAGCAGAAUGAAUCAUUGCGCUUUGUUAGGUCUUCAUGCAAUACGUUUUCAUUGUGUAUUGGACUGAUGGGUUGUACUGGAAUGGGCAUAGUUGCAACUUUUCAGGAGUUGUCUGUUCCCAGCGUCCAUGACAUAGGAGCUUUGGUGGCAUUUGGCUGUGGUGUUGUAUACAUAACGCUUCAAUCUAUCAUCUCUUACAAGUCCUGCCCACAAUGGAACACUUAUUUUGUGUGUCACAUAAGGAUGCUCAUAUCUGUAAUAUCAUGCAUUUCUUUCAUUCCCAUGAUUGUGUUUGCUUCAAGAAUUUCCAUGACAAAAAUUGAUUGGACUCCAAGUGAAAAGGAUUAUACUUACCAUUUCAUGAGUGCAAUCUGUGAAUGGACAGUGGCCUUUGGUUUCGUCUUCUUCUUCUUAACAUUCAUUAAAGAUUUUCAGAGAGUUACUUUAAGAAUAUCAACAGAAAUACAUGAAGAGUCCUGAUAGCAGAGAACGCUGUAUUUUGAAUUGAUGAAUAUUUUAUGUUUCUUCUUAUUAUGGAAAACAUUGCAGAGGAGCAGGGGUUUCAAGUUCUAUGAAGAACCCACACCAUUAAUUCUGCAACAUCUUUAAAAGCAUCCACCAAAACAUUUUAAAUACUAGCAGCAAUAUUCCUGCUUCCUUUUUGCAUUAUUUUGUAAUUUUUAUAUUGUUUUAUGUAUUCAAAAUACUGCAAUAGAAGUAAUCUACAGAAACAUUUAAAAGAUGUGGACCUCCUCAGUUAUUCCCUUCUGGGCAGAGCCAUAGUCUUUCUCAUUUGUUGUAGUCUGAUAAGUUGCAUUGGCUUUAAACUUGAGAAAAUACAACCUGGAAAUAGUUUGAAAAGUUUGAAGACAAUGGACAACACUAAACCUGAACUCCUACUCUUAAGUUGCAAGGAGCGUGGAUGAAGCAGAAGCUGGCAACUUUGUUUCAAGAUUUGAUAUUUGCAAUUAGUUGGCUGGAACACUAUACUAAAAGCUUUUGAUGGUGGACACAAAUCGUAGAAGUUUUAACUGUAUUGCAUGAAAAAUGUUUUCUAAUCAUCUUUGCACAAUAUACAUUAUAAAAGUCUAUUCCCUUUUUUUCCCCUUUUAUGCAUUCCUGGACACAGGAAGCUCAAAACUAAAGUGGAAUAGGAAGGAAAUUUACAUUUAUGUGAGAUGUACUAAAAAAGAAAUCAUACUGCUGUGUGGUUAAUACGGAGCAGAAGUUUUCCAGCCUUUGUUUUAAUCUACAAUGACGGUCUCCGAAAAGUUACUGAGAAUGACUGGAGAACAAGAAGAGGCACUGAUAGUUCUCAUGUACAAGCAUAUGAGUGUGAUAUAUGUAAAGAAAUGAAAAAAAUAAUCCUGGAGAGCUUCCAUGGUUAAGAUAUGGCAUAUUUACUGCUAUUAAUGCACUCCUCUGAUGAAGUACUUGGAAAGGACAUAACUGAGAAGUCACAUGUUACCAAGUAUCUGAAGGCAAAAUUCUUUCAUGGGCUGAUUCACGACCUCCACUUAACGCAUUAACCACCUGGCUACCAAUCAAAUUCUGUGAAAAUAAAAAAAUGUUAAUUUUGGAGAGUGAUGCCUUAAGACUAGUCUUCUGUUGGCAUUUCCUUUAAUGGGUAUUUUAAACUGUAAUAAAUUCAUCUGUUUCACAACUUAAAA